GAACGCAGCAGCGGAGAGAAUGUGGCAUUCACGGAGAGGAGGGAAAACCUGGAAGAGCGUCACCGGGCAAUGUGACGUACAAAGUAGGCUACUAAAGUCCGUAAAAUUAUGAUAUAUGUGUUGGUUAACUCUGUUUGGGGAUUUAACCACUAUCUAACACGCUUGGAAGUUAACACUCCUGGGAUAUAAAACCCCACUUUUCUGGAAUAUCAACACAAGGAAUACUCUGCCAGAUCUCCGGAGUUUUCCUACAAACCGUGGUCCGCUACAUUUCAUGGGUUGAAAAGUUUAAAACAUAACUGACUAAAAGAGAGCAAUACGCUGAUGUAUUCACUUUGGAACACGUCUCUGAGACUUGGAGCCCCUGCAGUGUCAAAGAGAAAUGACUGAACCACAUCACCUUCUCCUCUGACAUCCUGGAAAUAACAUCUUCCCCCCAAUACAAGAACAAAAGAGUGCAAAGAAGUCUGCGUAGGAAAUUAGGAUCAGUGUCCCCGCCUAGGCAGACUCCAGAGGACUUAUAUGAAUUUGAGUGUGGAGAGUCUCACCUGAGGCAGGUCUUCAUGCGUCCGACACGCAGCAUGAGGCUCUGAGGAGGAUUUUAAAUAACGCUGGUUAAAGGAGGAGGAUGGGGAAGGAGCAGGACCUGCUGCAGGCGGCGAAGAGCGGAGACCUGCUGUCCACCCAGAAGCUGCUGUCCAAGCUCAAAGCCAACAGGAACAAGUUGCUGGGCUCCACCAAGAGACUGAAUGUGAACUACCAGGACUCAGACGGGUUUUCGGCCCUGCACCACGCCGCCCUCACAGGAACCACAGAGCUGCUGGCAGCCCUGCUGGAGGCCCAGGCCUCCGUGGAUGUCAAGGACAGCAACGGGAUGCGUCCGCUGCAUUACGCGGCCUGGCAGGGGAAGGCCGACUCGGUCCUGAUGCUGCUGCGUGCCGCCGCCUCAGUGAACGGCGUCUCUCUGGACGGACACAUCCCGCUGCACCUCGCCGCGCAGUACGGACACUACCAAGUGUCUGAGAUGUUGCUGCAGCAUCAGUCUAACCCCUGUCUGGUCAACAAAGCUAAGAAGACUCCUCUGGACCUCGCCUGUGAGUUUGGAAGAGUCCAGGUUGCCCAGCUGCUGCUGAGCAGUAACAUGGUGGUGGCGCUGUUGGAAGGAGAAAGGAAAGAGCCCACAGACUCCGCCUUCACCACGCCGCUGCACCUUGCCGCCCGCAACGGCCAUAAAGACAUCAUACGUUUGCUGCUGAAUGCCGGCAUCGACAUCAACAAGACCACCAAGUCUGGAACGGCUCUGCAUGAGGCGUCUCUGUACGGGAAGACGGAGGUGGUGCGCCUGCUGCUGGACGCCGGAGUGGAUGUGAACAUCAGAAACACGUACAACCAGACGGCGUUGGAUAUCGUCAAUCAGUUCACCACGUCGCACGCCAGCAGGGACAUCAAGCAGCUGCUGCGAGAUGCGACGGGCGUCCUGCAGGUCCGAGCGCUGAAGGAUUUCUGGAACCUCCACGACCCGACGGCUCUCAACAUCCGCGCCGGGGACGUCAUCACGGCACCUGAGGCCCCUUUUGACCCGUCUCGUCCCCUGCAGGUGUUGGAGCAGCAUGUGGACGGACGCUGGAAGGGCCACAUCCACGACACCCAGAGAGGGACGGACCGCGUGGGCUUCUUCCCCCCCUCCAUCGUGGAGGUCAUCAGCAGGAGAAACGGGGGCACCCUGUCCCGGCACGCCUCUCUGCCCACCACGCGCCAGCAGCAGCUCUCCAGAGCCCCCCUCUCCUCCAGCCUCAGCUCCGCCCCUCAGACCGACGACUCCUACACCCUGUACGCACCCCCUACCCACGUGGUGCUGCCGCUAGCCAACGGCCUCACUACCAACACAGGUUUGUCUCCGGGCCGCCUUUCUCAGUCUGGGUGUUAUUUCGAGGACAUCUGGGUCCUCAGAGACUCGUGUCAUGCUGGAGACAGAAACAGCGUCGGGAGCACCGGCAGUGUGGGCAGCACCCGGAGUGCCGGCAGCGGACAGAGCACGGAGAGCACCAACGCUCCAAACGGACUGCAGCACCACGCCGUUCAUCACGACAACACCCACAAGCCGGCGCCCCCUGCUGUGGACUCUGGACUCUCAGACGGCAGCAAACAGCCAGAUCAGUCAGGUGGGACCGCUCGCAGGCAGACGGUGACGGUGCAGAGACCGGCGGAGCAGGGCUUCACGCAGCAGUUCGUCCGCCCUCAGCAGCUGCUGGAGGGGAAGGAUGCAGAGGCCAUCUAUCAGUGGCUAAGUGACUUCCAGCUGGAGCAGUACAUCGGGAACUUCAUCAAUAACGGUUAUGAUGUUCCCACCAUCAGCAGGAUGACUCCGGAGGAUCUGACCGCCAUCGGAGUGACCAAACCCGGACACCGCAAGAAAAUCUCCAUCGAGAUCAACAACCUGAACAUCCCCGAGUGGCUGCCGGAGUACAUCCCAUCGGACCUGGGUGAGUGGCUCAGUGCCAUCGGCCUCCCCCAGUACCAAAGGAAGCUCUCUGAAAACGGCUACGACUCCAUCAGCAUCGUCAAAGACCUCACAUGGGAGGAUCUGCAGGAGAUCGGCAUCACCAAACUGGGCCACCAAAAGAAACUGAUGCUGGCGGUGAAGAAGCUGUGUGACAUCCACCGAGCAAUCCUCCAGGCGGAAUCAGGCCAAGGCACGCUGCGUCGUAAAGGCCCCGGAGCCCUCCACCUGGUGGCCAUCGAGCCGCCCGACUCUGUGGGGGAGUCUCCUCGCACCCCCAAGAUGCUUACCUUCCAGGACAGCGAGCUGAGCGCCGAGCUGCAGAGCGCCAUGUCCAGCCACUACGGAGGCUGCGAGGAAGGCCUAGCCUUCAAGAAUGCAGUGGGGAUGUCCCAGAGCCAGGAGAGCAUGGACGCCCGGUCCAGAGGCUCCGGGCGCUCCCAGGAGCCCCCCACCGCCUCCAUCAACCCCCACAGCUGGUCGCAGGAGAGCCUGGAGGGCAGCCCGGCCAGGGAGAGGAACCUCCCAGAGGGCUGGGACCAGCGGCCCCUGCAGCAGCAGACGCUGCCCAAGCAGGUUCCUCUGGGCACGGCCACCGUGUUCAAGUACCCGGCAAUUCCAGCCAAGCCUAAACUGCCUGGGUCCCCUCGGGGUCCCUCCCCUCACGGCUCCCCAGCGCUGAAGGGUUUCAGCUACUUGCAUUCUCACUGUGGCUCCACAGACUUCAGCUCGAGGCCGGAGAACUACAGCAUGACAUUGACACCACCUAAAAAACGCGCCCAAACCCGCUAUGCUCUGUCUGAUGGGGAGCCAGACGAGGACGAGUACGAGCCGUCGAGUCGCUGUAGAAACCUGUCGUCCUACGCCACCUUGACCCGCAAACCGGGUCGCAGCCAUCUGGCUCGAUUGCAGUCGAGUUCAGAGAAGAACGGCAACGUGGGACGCAGCCAGUCCUUUGCGGUGCGCGCCCGUAAAAAAGGUCCCCCUCCUCCGCCUCCGAAGAGACUGAGCUCAGUGAGCAGCACCAACAGCGACGAGCUCAGCGACAGCAGCACCACGUCCUCUGUUGGCGGGGGGGUAACGGACAGCCCAGUGAGCGUGAGGAGCAUCGCAGCCUCUCUGGAGGGCAGGACGGAGGGGAAAACCCCCAGCUCAGAGGAGGCUUCCCCUGCACACAGCGCUGCAGGGCAGGAGGCUGCGGGGGUGAGGAGGAGGGUGCAGAGCGAGUGUAUUCCAUCCCAGACCCGCAACGUCCCGGUGCCGGAUCGGGGGGUGAAGUCUGACACGGAGGAGGAAGACUCAAAAGGCUGCAGGCUGGAGGGCUCCUCCUCCCCUCAGAACAGCUCCAGUGAGUGCAUCCCCUUCGCAGAGGAGGGUAACUUGACUAUCAAACAGAGGCCUAAAGCCCCCGCUCCCCCCCGAGCUGAGGCGGUGCUGGAGCCCCCAGAGGCACAAGCAGCCAAGGACUCAGAGCUGCCAGAGUUUAAUCUGAAGGAGUCUGACACGGUGAAGCGCCGGCACAAGCCAAAAGACAAGGAGCAGGGAGAAGGCUCCCCCAGCAGAGAGAGGCUGGAUUCAGAGUCCCGCAGCAGCAGGCCCCCCUCCCAGUGCCAGGACCAGGACCAGCUCAGCCUGAGGAUCAGUGAGGCCCGGCUGGAGAGGCCUGCCAGCCCGGCAACAGGAUCCUCCAUCAGACCUCCCCUCUCUCCCAGACCUGCCGUCGCCCCGAAGCCGGUCCGCCACAGUCUGCUGGCCGCACAGGCAGCGGGACUCUCCUCUCAAUCUGUGACCGUUAGUGUGGUUCAGAGUGUGGCCUUCACCUCUCCGUGCUCUCCCUCUCACGGGUCCCUGGCUCCGCCCCCCCCCUCUCACGGGUCCCUGGCUCCGUGCUCCCCGGCCCGCCCGGCCCCUCAGAGCCCCUCUCUGGCAGCAGUGAGGCCUCAGGUGUGUGCGGUGGUUCCGGGUCCGGCCCCCGACUCGUCCUCUGGGACUGAGGUGGUUCAGCAGAGACUGGAUCAGACCAGCACGUCGCUGGCAGCCGCUCUGAAGGCCGUGGAGAGAAAACUGAACCUGGAAGAAAACUCCGAAGGGGGAUCUAACCAGGUGAAGUCCGCAGGGACGAUCCUGGACGACAUCGGCAACAUGUUCGACGACCCUGGCCUGACCAAGCUGGACGCCAUGUUGGACUGAAGACUUUCAUCAAAGCCUCAACCUCAGGAAGUGAAGGAGUUGUGGGUAAAAAGAACGUUUGACUCUGAACUACAUGCUGACGCAGUCCGAGGAGAACACCAGCACUCGAUUCUGCGUGCGGUCUUUUUCUAUAACUACGUCC